AUGAAACUCCUUUUGCUGACUUUGGCUGUACUGCUGCUCUUGUCCCAGCUCACUCCAGGUGACAGCCAAAAAUGCUGGAAUCUUCAUGGCAAAUGCCGUCACAGAUGUUUCAAAAAGGAAAAGGUCUAUGUUUUAUGCACAAAUAAUAAGCUAUGCUGUGUGAUGCCCAAGAAAACUCAGCCAAAAGAAAGUCCAUGGUUAUUUUGA